CUCCCUCACCCAUCAUCCCUCUAUUCACUUCUUCAGCCCUAUCCGCUCACUCUCGCUGCAUCCCGGCAUUAACCGAACCAAUUGACGCUUUCCCCUCUACCACUUCUCCCUCAUUGCAAUCACCAAUCAGUCAAUCGAUCAAUCGAUCAGACCGCCGACAGUCCAGACUUCAAGAGACUACCGGAAGCAAGCAAGCAAGCAAGCCAGCAAACAAACGAAACCAAACAAGCAAGCAAAGCCACUACCCCAUCGCCGGAAUCCAUCUUACACAAUGGCUGCUCAAGCGAACUGCAACCAUUCGUUCAAGUCGAUCAAAUCCGACGACACCUUCAUCCAAUGGAAUUGCAACAAAUGCCACUCUGGCCCACACACUCUCAUCUACGAAUGCACUUCGUGCAAGCUCAAGUGCUGUCGGCCAUGCACCAGCAAAUAGUCCGGGCGAAAAAAAAAAAAAAGCAUCGAGGCUGGUACGUAUGCACGCAUGCAAGCUCGCUUUCGCUUUCCUUCACCAUCCAGAAAUCCCCCCUCACCACUCCCCACAUGCGUUUGCCCAU